ACAUUCUCAGCUUGCCAAAAUGUUAACCUCUCAACUAUUUUUAAAUUUUCAGUAAACAUCACAAAAUGUUCUUAAAUUCAUCAACAAAACUUCUUAGAUUCAUCAACAGGCAUCACAUAACAUAUCUACGUUUUUUAACCAACGAAACAAAUGCACAGAGCUUACUGGUAAACGUACUAGGCAUGAACGAAAAUGUUGCUCAACAAUUCAUAACUGAGCAUAAAAUCAAUAAUGUGGAUUCCAAUAAACUGAAAGACACUGUGGAUUUCAUUAAGAAACAGAAGUACAAAGUGAGUGAUAUUCUGAAGCAUCCAAGGAUAUUUCAACAGCAUGGAAAUCACACAUGGCAACACUAUUAUAACUAUUUUACAGAAUGUGGGUGUACUAAAGUACCUAUCACCAAUAUUAUUAAUUUUAGAAGAAUCAGAUACACAGCCAUUUCUGUCUUAAAAGACCUUGGAGUAAUACCAAAAGAUACUGUUGUAGUUGAUAGUUUAUUGAGUCAACUAGAUAUUACUAUACCAGAAGAUAAAGUUUGCAAGUUAAGAAAUGAUGAGUUGACUUUGUCCUAUGUACACAGAUCUGUAACACACAACUAUUUAAUUACUAAAUUGGGAGCAAAAAUAGAAGAUCUUGAAACAAUAGAUCGCAUACAUAAACAUAUAUACAAUAAAAGUCUAAAGACAUUGUGUGAGAAUGUUAAUCUCGCCUUGGAAAUUGGAUUUUCCCCGGGAAAGAUUCUCCGGAAUGCUUACAUACUGCAAGUGAAUCCAGACAAAACCAGGGCAAUCCUAAACGAAAUUCCUAACUUUUUAAAUUGUGAUAUGAGAGCUAAAAUGAGAAGUUUUCCUAAGUUAAUUGGUCAAUCAUUGGAAACCAUUUACAAGAUUCAUGAAAUAUUAAAAAAAUUUAAUAUUUCUGAUGAAACUGCCGCGAAAGUUAUGAACAUAUUCACGCUGGCACCGCAAACAGUCGAAGCACGUUUGAAUGAUGUGAAAAGUACCCCUGAAACCCGCGUUCUGAUGAAUAACCCGCAGAUAUUACAACUAAUUGUACACUAUCACCGCGCUAAAAGUCGUCUACAAUUCCUCCAUAAAGUACGACUGAAGUGCGCGAGCCUUGUAGUCAUCAGCUUUGAUGGUAACGUUUUUGAUAACUACAUAAAGGAAGGCAAAGAUAUCAACAAGCGUUCGGAGACGAGCAAUUUUCUAUAUUCGCUACUAAAAUGCACCAAAGAUGACCUCGAAGUCAACUUUAAAAGACAUCCGUAUUAUCUAUAUGUGCCUUUCGUUGACAUCGAGAAUACGUAUCGAUAUUUGAGACAUCAGCAGUUCGCUAACCAUCAUAUUAUCAAAGCUAUUAGUAUAUUAUUAUACCCAAAAGAAAAGAUUAUCGAUGUCCUGGAGCUGAUCCGCGAAGAUCAUUAUUUAUCGUCGCGUAAACCACGCGUCAAUAAAUCGAAAAUCCUAAACCUGGCUUUGUACUAUCUCGAGAAGGAUCAUCACUUCACGGGGAAUGGUAUUUGGCGCGUCAACGAGGAUUACGUGCAAACAUUGCAGUGAUAUAAAUAUGCACAAGUUUAAGUUGUUUGAAUUUAUAAACAUUUUUGACAAAAUAUAAUCGCUAUAGAAAACA